AUGGAUGCUAACACAACUCGAUUAGUGCCAUCGAAACGGAAGCUGGCUGUGGAUGAUCCUAGUGCUAUUUUCAAUAAUGAAAGAACAAUUGAACUGAUUUCCACCGUAAAGAACCAGCAAAUACUGUGGGAGAAAAAUCAUCCAGAUUAUAAAAACAUAUCCCAGCUUAACCAUGCGUGGCAACUGGUGGCAACAAAAAUGAAUCUUAGCGUCGAUGUUUGCAAAGACAAGUGGUACAAUUUGCGGGCCCAGUAUCGCAGAAACAGGACAAAGGAAAUUGCAUCACGGCGAGGUAGAUUGGAAAUGUUAUUGCUGCUGUAAAGAUAUGUUUUCAAUUGAUAAUGUAUAUACUAUCGAAUUUCAGGUAUGGAUAAGAAAAACAAACCUUCCUGGUACGCCUACAAAAACAUGACAUUUCUCAAUAAAACACUGGAUGAAGCAAGAGCAACAAGAGCGUCAAACGAGCGACAGCUUAUUGCGCCUUUUAUCGAAUUACUGACGCAGCGAUUGCUUAGAAAAAAGCAUUCACAGAUCGAGGAGAUCGAAAAUGCAUUGUUAAGUGUGCUUAACAGUUUUCCGAACGCUUGA